UAAUGCGUUUUUGGAUUGUGUGAAUGCUUCAUUCGCCCCACAAACAACCACAGAACCACAAGUGCGGUGCAGGAUUUUCUGCACGACGACAGAAGGGAGACCUCGGUGUGUAAAUGGUUAAUCCGCGCAGGUCAACUCCAGCCUCAGAGACCGAACAAGUCCUUUAGAACUUCAAGGGUUAUCAAAAUCAAAGGGACAAGAACAUUUUGAAGAACCACCAAAAGUGACUAUGGCAUCAAACAGCCUUUUUAGUUCAGUGGCACCAUGUCAACAGAACUUCUAUUGGGAUCCCAGCACCAGCCGGAGGUUCAGUCCCCCGUCUAGUAGUCUUCAGCCGGUCCCUGGAAAAAUGAACGAUUUGAGCUCUGCUACAGGGCAACAAGAGGCGAGUCCAGCAAUGCCCAGACUCCGGCCGCACGAUAAUCGCACUAUGGUGGAAAUCAUCGCCGAUCACCCCGCAGAACUUGUCCGGACUGACAGCCCUAAUUUCCUUUGCUCCGUCCUGCCAUCUCACUGGAGGUGUAAUAAAACACUGCCCGUAGCCUUCAAGGUGGUGGCACUGGGAGAGGUGCCAGACGGGACAGUUGUAACAGUAAUGGCUGGAAAUGAUGAAAACUACUCAGCGGAGCUUCGGAAUGCCUCAGCCGUCAUGAAGAACCAAGUGGCCCGUUUUAAUGACCUCAGGUUUGUGGGGCGGAGUGGAAGAGGAAAGAGCUUCACUCUGACGAUCACGGUGUUCACAAACCCACCACAGGUGGCAACCUACCACAGAGCCAUUAAAGUCACAGUGGAUGGCCCACGUGAGCCGAGACGACACAGACAGAAGCUGGAGGACCCACCAAAGCCAGGCUUGUUUUCUGAGCGGCUUAGCGAGCUGGAGCGUCUCAGGCAGACGACCAUAAGGGGUGCCGUACCAACGCAAAGCCCCCGUCCGUCGCUCAACGCCGCCCCUACUCCCUUCAAUCCUCAAGGACAAACUCAGAUAUCCGAAGCCCGACAAGCUCAAUCCUCACCCCCCUGGUCCUAUGAACAGUCCUACCCCCCCUAUCUCAGCCAGAUGGCUUCACCCUCCAUCCACUCCACAGCACCGUUGUCAUCAACCCGCGGCACCGGACUGCCUGCCAUCAGCGACGUGCCGCGACGAAUCUCAGGUACCUCUGACCUUAGCCCGUUCUCUGAUCCCCGGCAGUUUGACCGUCAGUUUCCUGGCCUUUCCUCACUAACAGAGGGCCGCUUCCCAAGUCCCAGAAUGCACUACCCAGCCACCUUCACCUACACACCGACGCCAGUCACAUCAGGGAUGUCUCUGGGUAUGUCCACUACCACCCACUACCACACUUACCUGCCGCCGCCCUACCCUGGCUCCACUCAAAACCAGAGUGGGCCGUUCCAGACCAGCAGUACGCCCUAUCUCUAUUACGGAACAUCCUCUGGGUCAUACCAAUUCUCCAUGGUGCCGGGAGGAGAUCGCUCACCCUCUCGGAUGCUCCCUCCUUGUACCAGUGCCUCGACAGGCAGCUCUCUCAUCAACCCCAACCUCCCCAACCAGACAGAUGGGGUGGAGGCAGAUGGAAGUCACAGUAGUUCACCGACCAUUCUAAAUUCCAGUGGGCGAAUGGAUGAGUCCGUGUGGCGGCCAUAUUGAACACGUUGAGAUCCAGCUUUUGGGGUUAACCAAUUUUUGCCAUUGAGAAGAGCAAUAGAUAGAAGUCAAAGACCAGUGUCUUAUUCUUUAUUUAUGUUUUGUAAGCACAAACACUCAUGGGAAAUAAUGUUUCUUUUUGCAGGUGCGCUGCAUCAUUUAAUGUUUCUACAUUAAUUUUUAUUCAAAUUAAAAUUGUACAGGUAUCCUUCCGUUCGAUAUUUAUCCAGCAUGGUACUCAUCUUGGACAUGUUCUUUGAGCAGUAAAGGAGGACCUAAUGGGAAUAAAGGCAUUACUGAAAUAUUUUGAAAUUCCACUGCAGAAUCAGUGAGCAAGCAAGAUGGUCAUUUGAAUUACUGAACUGGCAAAAAAAAGAGCUUCCAUAUGCAUUGCGAUGAACAUAUAUUUUUAUAGGGCUCUUUUAUGAGUAUAGUUUUUAUAGCAAUUGAAUUAUUCGAUAACACUGAAAGAUAGUCUUUGCUUCUUUUAUAUUUAUGCGUGUGACAGAAGUUCUGUUAUAUUCAGUGGUACCAGCAAUAAGUUCUGUCAGUGUUUCUGCUCUUUUAUUGUUUAAUUUAUAUGUUAAAUGGUUUGCUUAAAACUUGGGACUUACUGAAAAGCAGUAUAAUAUAAAGCCAUAAAUUAUAUAUUGUAUGUGGAAAUGAACUCUUUGACACCUGAAUUAUAUUUUUGGAGGAUCUCUUAAGUUAAUAAUUUAAAAUUUAAGUUUUAUUUUCUAAGUACCCAAAGAAAUGUUGUUUUUUCUUGUAUUAAGUUAAGAACAUUAUAAAUAUAAAAAUUACAAAAUGUCAAACAAAACUUUCAAAGAAAUUGUGUAUUUAAAGCUGCUUGGCUGCGCAUAUAUUGUCAUUGUUGGCUAAUCUGAAUAUAAAUUAACAGGAUGGAGUUACUGACUUCCUGGUGCUGAGGGUAAGCAAAUGGCAGCCACUGGCAUCAGGAAUUCUUGUUUUUUCUGUUUGAUUUUAUAGUUUUUUUUUUUAAACAGUUGGUGCAAUGCGUACAUCUGAAAGUCUAGAACAUUAGACAUUUUUUUAUGUGUUUAGGUUUUGUAUCAACAAUGCAGUUCAGUUACAAUUGACUAUGCAAUGAGAAUCCGAAACCAAACUAUUUUUGUUUCAUGAAAUAUUGAAUUUAUUGCAUAGCGACAAUGAUGAAUGCAUUAAUAUUUUAAGCGCUAUGUUUCAGUUUCAUCAUCAUUUGCAACAAAUGCAAACAUUACCCAUUCAGGGUGUCACCCUUAAAAUUAUGAUUUAAAAUCAAUAAAUAUCUCACAUGCUACAGUACACAUGCAAGAGUAGCCAGAUUAUGAGUAAGAGAGGAGGCAUAGCAGAUACUUUUAAGUAUUCUCAACUGAUGGUAAGUUUAUUUUAUGUUGGUUCCGGUACAUAACAUGUUUCUUGACCGAUUGACUUGUCUCAGAUACUAGAGGGUACAUUUUAAAUUAAUUUUCUUUUACAUGCUCUGGGUGUUGUUUUAUAGCUAAAUUGUUUAAAACCUAUGAAACUAUUAUAAAGAUGUUUUAUUUAUUUGAUGCAAAGGCAUUUCUCCCCUCAAGAAAUUUGAAGGAACAAUUUGAAAAAGCAGAAACUACUUCAUGUUGUAUUUUCAUUUUAUUUAUUUGCAAUGCUAAACAUAGGUGCCCAGCUUCAUGUGUUUGCAUAUAUAUAUAUAUAUUCAUGUGCACUUACUAUUAGUCCAGUUUCAAGAUUUGCAUAAAGGUUGCAGCCAUUAAACAAUGUCACCUAUUUAAAAUUAAAGGUACAAUAUUUUUAAUCUGAUGUUAAAUUGCUGGCGACAAGGGCUUUGAAAAUAUGUCUUUGUAUUCAUAUAUUAAGCACUUGUUUUUGAGAUGUUCUGUAUAGUGUAAUUUAAUAUGGCUGCAGGCAGCACCCUGGUUUAUCUCAUUACAGUUUUUGUAUUUCUGUAUCACGUGAAGCACUUCCAUAUCCUAGUUGUUUGCUCAAUAUCUAAAUCGGAAGAAGCUUCUGGAAAAGUCGGUCACAUAGGCAAUGGGGGCCCAUCUAAAAUGCAUUAAGGGCUUGUUAAUCCCCUAAGUGUCAUCACACUGGGGGGGGGGGGGGGGGGGACACACCAUCAUUAUCAAAGAAAAAAAACACCUGCAUGAAAUCUUAAAUUAGCCUUCAACGACCUUAUUAAAGAAUUCAGAUUCAGGAUCUGCCCACUUUUAAGAUCUCUCCAUCCAUCUUCUAACUCACUGUUUCCCAAUCCAAUCCACGUUUUUGCUCCCUCCCAACUCCCUUUCAGCCAGUUCACGUUUUUGCUCCAUGGGUCCCCGAGGACCGGAUUACGAAACACUGCUCUAACCGCUUAACACAGGGCAGCUGGGGUUGGGAUGCUUGUCCAUCAGGGGAUAUUCACACUCAUGCAUACAGAAUUGUAUGAUGUCAGACAUUGUGUGUUUUAAGCUUUGUUGGAGAACAUAAUCUAAAUCAAAAUAAUUACAGCAAGGUACUAGAACACUACAAAACUGUACCUUACACAUUUAUCUGUGAUCUUGCAGUGAAUCUGGAUCGUUUAAUAAGUUGCAAAGGAAGGAAAUACUACGUGUAGGUAAAAGGCCUACACUGGGUCAGAACUGCUUACCUUCAGAGUCAGCACAGCAUAUAUGUUUGACAGAGAUAUAAGUGAUUUAAAUAUACAUAUGUCUUCUGAAAUGCAGCACGAAGAAAUGCCAUUCUAUUUACAGCAUGUAAUUACACAGAAAUAAAGCAUUUACUUAUGAUAGCACAUGAAAGCAAUAAACAUCAGAAUGGCUAUUAAUUCAGCCUUAGGCUAGAGAGCAAUAUGUUUUUCCAAUAAUCUGAGAAUAUUUCUGCAAUGUCCACAUUGGUCUAAAGAGGUGUUUCUUGAAUGCAAGAGGGUGACAUAUUAGGCGUCAGACAUUUGUGCACCAACAAACAGAGUUUUUAUAAUGCUAAAGAACAAUAUCUGGUAUCAAGAAAUGAAUGAGUAAACUCAUUCAAGACAGGAUGUUUUCAUUGUAUUUUGCUAUGUAAAGGUUUCUUUUGGCUGUGAAAAGAACAUUGUUUACAAAAUGUUUACUAAACUGUAAGCACACAAGCAUAACUUUGUAUUAUAAAUCUGUGUCGAUAUAAAUAAUGUACGUCUUAUUCCGCAGUCAUACUUUCAUGCAAAACAUCUGUAUCUUUUUUUUGUGUGUGUGGGGGGGGUUCUAUCCAAUAGCAGUGCAUUCUGUUUUUCUGUUUUUGUGAAACUGCUGUAAAACAAACAAACAAGUACAUUUUUUGUACUCUCCCCAAAACUCUUUUCAUAGUCUUCACUGCUUGUCAUGCACAUACUGUACAGAAUUUGUAUAUGUUUUCAGUUGUUUCCAUUUGUUUUAUUGACUUUAAAACUUUGUUGAUUGUGAGAAUGUCUUUUUUCUGGAUUAUAAGGGACUAACAAUUGAGCAACAGUUAGUGAGAUUGUCUGGACAUUUUCUCAUGAUUGUAAUAUUUGUUUUUCAAGAAUAAAAAUGGCAUUUUUGUUAUAAAUGCGCCCGUA